GAGAUUAAAGUGUGGGAUUGACUAAAACUGUAAUAUGAAUAUCCAUUCAGUUGUUUUGUACAAAAUUAACCCAAAAUACAGUACAUUCUGUCAGGUUUAAUUGACAAUGUUAUCCAGUAGAUUUGGUACUUUAUUAUACAUGAACAGGAUUAAUAAGAAUAUCGACAAAAUGAGAUUGGCUUUCAAACCAAUGGUCACGUGGUGUAGUUUCAUUUUGUUUGAACUUUCGGCGGCAUUUGAAUAGCUUCAAAUAAUGUCAAACAAACAUUCCAUCAACCCUCCAGACAGUCCUGACAGUCAUCAAGCUGAUACAGGUCUCAAACGAAAACGAAAAAAGUACAACGAUCCUCCAUUUGAUUCUUCUUCCACUGCUUCUUGUCAAGCGCAUGUUCUUAGUGUAGCCAAUUCCAUCACAAAUGACAAAGAUCUAUUCAUUACUGCCAAAAAUAGUGAUAAUGCAAGUCAUGUACAUCAUCAUACAGAUAACCAUCAGCAGUCUGGAUUUAACAACUACAUGAAAGGCAGUAUUGACUCUAUUCAAAGUCAGCCAGAAACACCCGAAUAUCACUCUCAGCACCAAACUAGUCUGAAUACUACAGAUUGUAAUGCUGGCAGCAGUAUGCAUACAAGCCAUGCUAGUCAACAACACGUUCCUCACAACUCUCAUCUACUGCCACAACCCAAUAAACCGCAUCCUACUCAACCUACUGUCUCUCGUAACAAUAUGCCUUUGUUUUGGCCCACUAUUCAUAUGGAUGUAACCGAGCAAGUCGGCCAGUUUCUUAGAACGUCUAUAUUACGUGCACAAGAUAUGAUUGCAAAAAAACAAUCACGGUUUGUAUCGGCUAUUGAAAUUGAAGUCAAACUGGGGCGUGUAUGUGACAAGGAAUCUCGUCAACGUGUUCAGCUUCCUAUCCGGUCAGAAACAGUGAUGGACAAUAGUGGCGGACACUUUGCAUUCCAAAGUAACAUGACUCGUGAUAUGCACAGUCUUCUCAACCAAAAGCUAAACCAUGUGGUUGGACUUCCUAAAUCAAAUGUACGGUAUGUGCAUUUGUAUGAAGAAGAUCAGUUUUUUCACGUACAUGGUAUCGGUAAAGUCCGAAAAACAAUCAAUAUGAAAACCAAACAGGUCAAGUGUAUCAUUUCAAAAGUAAAUGUUGCAAACUUGGAAGUGUUUCUUCCACAAUCUCCAUUGGACUAUCGCGUGUCAGUCAAUAUUGAACACCAUAUUGAAAAUAUUGAUUUACUGGAAACUCCCGACUUUUCUCGAUGCAAGGAUAGACUAUCAUACUCGUUGACACCAUUUCAAGUUGAUCUUACUCAAGUAAAACGAACAGUAGAAAGCUCUUACAGUACUGGCCGCAUUCAUCAAGUUGAAUACGCUCUUGAAGCAGUCAAGCAGGGGUCUGCUGCUGUGGGUCUCCGAUCAAAUACCCACGCUGUUGUGCUUGCGCUCAAGAGAUCUGUUGGAGAGCUUGCCACGUAUCAAAAGAAAGUGCUCAAAAUUGAUGACCAUAUGGGCAUUGCAUUUUCCGGGCUUACCUCUGAUGCUCGAGUGCUGAGUAACUACAUGAGAUCCGAAGCCAUGAAGUCUCGCAUGGUGUAUAAUCGUCCUCUUCCGGUUUCUCGCAUUGUUGCAUCCAUUGGGGACAAGGCUCAGAUCAACACUCAAAGAUACGGAAAACGUCCUUACGGUGUGGGUUUACUGGUUAUUGGCGUAGAUGAUACUGGUCCUCAUUUGUACGAGUGUGCUCCAUCUGGAAACUUUUUUGACUAUUGUGCAAUUGCAAUUGGUGCUCGUUCGCAAUCUGCAAAAACCUCGUUGGAGCGUCAGAUUGGUAGUUACGAAACAGCCACUUUGGAUGAGUUGAUUCUUUAUGGAUUAAGAUCGCUUCGCGAUACUCUUCAACAGGACAAGGAACUCAAUAUCAACAACUGCACGAUUGGUGUUGUUGGUAUGGGAGUCAACUUUUACACUGUUGAAGGCGAUGAGCAUCAGAGGUAUUUGGAUAUGCUUGCUGACUCUGCUGCUGUGUCUUCUGUAAUUCCCGAGAGCACUGCUGCUCCCAUGGAAACUGAUUAG